AGUUUUUUUUUCCUUCAGAAAGCAUGCAUCUUGUCAUUUUAUUGAUUUUUUUUAAUUAUUUUUUUAUUUGGUCAAAAUCUGAGUUGCUGUUUAGUUGCUGGCAUGUUUGAAUUUAGGGUUGAUUUGAUGAUUGAUUGAGUAUUUCAAUUUUCAAUAUGCAGUUUCAUUUGAAAAUUUAGGGUUAAGAGGGUUUUUGAUUUUUUUUUUAUGAUUGUUAGAAGAUUUAAGUGUUUGUUGAAAGGGGGAAAAGUUUGAACUUGGAUCUAGAGAGAUCUGUGAAAUGAAGAAUAGUUUGUUCUUGAGAGUUUAGACUAGUUUAUAAGCCUUAGCUUUUAUUGGCUAGUUGGACCUGGAUGAUGUAGCGGUAGAAAUUUAUGGUACCUUUGAUUGAUAGGAUAUUGAUUCCUCCUGAACGAAUUUGAAAUGAAUCCGACCGGAAGCUUGUGUGCUAACAACUGGGCAAGGUCUUCUUCCUUGGUCUCUCCUGGUAAUGGAUUACAGACAAAUCUGUCAUCGGAUCUUUCCUCUUUCUACGGGAUCGGUAUUGAAAUGCCUUUCAAAGAAAUCAACCAGCCCUCUCGAAGUCAGUCUGUGAUUCCAGGUGAAUCUGACAAAGAUAUUAAGAUCACUGAUCAGGAAAGCAGUAAGCUUCCAGAUUGGGAUCCUAGUGCGAUGUUGAAUAAUCUUUCGUUCCUGGAAGAGAAGAUUCAUCAGCUCCAGGAGGUAGUGCAUUUGAUUGCGAAUAAGAAGUGCCAACCUUUUGAACAGCCUCGUGAACUCGUGACUCAAGAACAGCAACUCGUUACAGCUGAUUUAACAUCGAUUAUUGUUCAGUUGAUCUCUACUGCAGGUAGUCUUCUCCCUUCUGUUAGGAACACUCUGACAGACACAAGUCCGUUGGUUGGACAGCUUAGUCAGCUUCGCGGAAUUAACCUUCCUUUUGAAACAGGCACGAGUAAUGGUGUUCAGCCACAGAAUAAUAUUGGAAAUAAAUUGUUUGAUCAGUCCAUUCAUAAAGAUGUACCGAAUAAUUGUGAAAUGGAGCAAAACCAUAAUAUGGAAGAACAUGAACAUAAAGAUGAAGAAGAUAUGGAAGAGGGAGAGAAUCUUCCACCUGGUUCAUAUGAGAUUUUACAACUAGAGAAAGAAGAAAUCCUUGCACCCCACACACAUUUCUGUACUAUAUGUGGCAAGGGGUUCAAGAGGGAUGCGAACCUCCGUAUGCACAUGCGAGGCCAUGGUGAUGAGUACAAAACUCCGGCAGCCCUUGCAAAACCACAUAAAGAAACUGGGUCCGAACCAAAGCUUAUCAAGAGGUAUUCGUGCCCCUACGGUGGCUGCAAGCGUAACAAGGAUCACAAGAAAUUUCAGCCUCUGAAAACUAUUUUAUGUGUGAAAAACCACUACAAAAGAACACACUGCGACAAGAGUUACACUUGCAGCAGAUGCCACACCAAGAAGUUUUCAGUCAUUGCAGAUCUCAAAACUCAUGAAAAACACUGUGGCAAGGAUAAAUGGCUCUGCUCAUGUGGUACAACAUUUUCAAGGAAAGACAAGCUCUUUGGACACAUUGCUCUUUUCCAAGGCCAUACACCGGCUAUUCCUUUGGAAGAUAAUAAAGGACUUGCCGAGCCACCUGAUCGAUGUGUUCCCAAAGAAAAUACAGCUAUGGUAGGGAGCAUGAACUUCAGUUUUGGAUCAAAUCCUUCAAGUGAAAAUGGAGUCGAUAACAUCAUGGACGUGAAAGGUAAUAUUGAUGAUCCUAUCAAUUACUUCUCAUCUUUGAACUUUGAAGGCUGUAACUUCGGUGUGUUUAAUGAAUUCUCUCAACCUCCAUUUGAAGAUUCAGAAGGCUCUUUCUCUUUUCUCAUGCCGAGUUCGUUUAAUUAUGCUCCUAAAUCUGGCGGUGAAUCAUGUUCUGACAAUCUGUAACAGUUUAUGAUGGUGUUAAUCUACAUAUUAUCUAUGUUUUCUUUAGUAGUAAAUUGUUAAUGAAUAAGCUUUUUGUUUCUGUUAGUUUUGUAAAUCCAGCCAGGUAUUUCAUGUACUUGUCAUUUCGUAAUAUAGAAAUAUUAAAUCUCUUGAA